GCGGUCCCGCCGCCGCUCGCCGACGCACGCGCACACACAAUAAAGAUGGCGGUAAACACGUUAAGUAAAUUAUUGCUGUUGUUCGUCACCGCGCAUUAUGGAUCUGCAGGAGACAUACACAGAUCUCCGCGUCAGGCGCCGGGGAGCAUCUUCAACGUGGGCAACGGUGAGCCUUGCCUAGGUUCGGAUCGGUCCACUGGUGGCGUGUGCCUUGCGCGCAACCAGUGCAAUACGCAGGGCGGGAAGGCCAUCGGCUUCUGCGGCGUCUUCGCAACUUGCUGCUCGCUUAACGCGUGUGACAUCCGCACAAACACAAAGGUAGCCGUGUUCAUCAACCCGCCGCUGAACCGAGAGUCCUCAGGUCUGGAAUGCUCCUAUAACGUCGAGAUCAACAAUAACAAUGUCUGUCAGCUCCGAAUUGACUUCGAAACUUUCAACCUGGCGCCACCUACCACGAUCGAUGCUGUUGAGAAUGUAACCCAACGUCCGGGCUACACGUGCAGAAACGACAUCUUCCAAGUGACCAACCUGCAGGCCAACUCCGACAUGAUCCCUUCACUGUGCGGUGACAACAGCGGACAGCACAUGUACAUCCGAGUAAACGCGUCGAUCAACAGCAGGUCUAUCAGGAUCAACUUUAAGAUCGCGGACCGCAGCACGCAGCCGAACCUGCCGCAGGCCACGUGGAAGAUCAAGGUCACACAGCUCGAGUGUUUCAACACUUUAGGUAAGUAUCGCGAUGGUAUCUUCGAAGCGAUCACCUCUUCCCUGCCAUCAACCCCAUUGAGUUCCUCGGCUGACAGAGACGAAUACAUGAUUGCACCUCCCGGCUGCCUGCAGUACUACCCGGACCGGUCGGGCUCGUUCGAGUCGUUCAACUACAACCGCGGCGCCGGCCCUUACAUCGCCAACCUAGCCUACGCCACCUGCUUCAAGCGAACUCCUGACGUCUGCGGUGUUAAACUAACAUCAGCGAGUUACGACAUGGCGUACCGCGAGGAGAAUAACCUUUACGUGGACACGGAUUGUCAGAUCAACCCGGUAACAGCCGGCGUGUCGCAAUCCGAGGACUACUUGUUCAUCCCGGAGGCUGAGACCGCUGACGGGUUGAGAGGGUCCAAAUUCUGCGGCACGAGUGCUGCUAACCAAAUUAUUGCUUCUACUCCUCCGGGACCGCUGUAUGUGCACUUCCACAGCGACAACCUGGUGACGGACGACAUCCCGGAGUCCGGCUACCGGUUCAACUACAAUGUACUCAACAACUGCUAUCUCAAGAAGUGAUCUCUCCUCUAACGAUAAUAUGUACAUAUGAAGCGAAUUGUACGCGUUUGCUCCAUAUUUUUCUGCUUAUUUUUUUACAUCCGUCAUAUCUUUUUGCAACAAAUAUGGCUUGGUAUGUUAACAUCAAUACUCAAUAGAUGAUAUGUAGGUAGUCAUUGGCGUAACUACGGAUUUCCUAGGGAGGCAGCUAGCGGGAGCAAAACCAACCCCCCUGCCUUCUCUCCAGCUACGCCCAUAGGUAAAGGUUUAUAAUUGCUGGGAAUUACGAGAUUUAAUAUCUUAUAGCAUAGUAUGUGGCAAGCUACUUACUACUAAUUGCUUUUUAAUUAUCUACAGUACGGUUUAAAAAAGAUGAAGAAACAACUGUGUCGGAUUAUGAAGAGUCAACGGGGAUAUUUUAAAGAUUCGUGCAAGAACUAUUCAAAAGAACAAGUUUUUAAAUAAUUCGCUUCAUCUGAACAAGUAAUAUUAUAGUAUUUAUUUUCAAUCUUCAGAGCUUACUUUA